AUGGUCUGCCAGAGACAACUGGGUGAGGCAAUGAGGCUAAGUCGCUUAUGCUCACUUCAUCCGCGGCGUGGACAACUCUUGCCAGCUGGCAAGCGCGCAUUCAGCCAGACGGACCCCAAGCAGAGUGGAGUCGAAGUCAACGUUGUCAAACUUCGGCCCUCGAGCAGGUUGCCCUGGGUGUCAGCAGCACUUGCGGCCUCGUGCGCAGGCAUUUACGCGCUUGUGGUACAGAAGCAGCGGUGGGACCGAGAAGCUCAAUUAAUGAAGGAAGCUGACGAAGCUGAACUGCGCAGAGCGAGGAUGGAAGCCGAAGCUGCUGCAGCGGCGACUGCUGAAGCAGAGGCGCAAGCUGCGCAAGCAAAGGCCGCGAGGGAAGAUGCAGAGCGAAUCCAGAAGGCGGCGAUCGCCAAGGAGUCGCAAGAGGCACAGGAAAGGGCACGAAAGGACUUGGAGCGGCGACACGCUGAAUUUGCAGCCGUAGCUGGGCAAUGCUCCCAGUUACUGGCAGAUCUCAAACUGGUGGUGGAGGCUACAGACUACGUUGAAGUGGCUCCGCACACGGAAGGCCUGUCAGAAUUUAUGCAGCUUGCGCAGGCUUUCGUUGAUGGAGAGUCCUUCAAAUCCCUGCAGGAAUCGUCACUGGACGGAAUGGCUGAGCUAACAGCCCAGUGCGCUUAUGCCUUGUCAGCGGCCAAAGAUCACCUGGCGAAACUGUCCAAAGCACAGGCUGCAGAGAGGCUUUAUGAAGCAGCAGCAGCCGAAAUGCGUGCUGAAAGGCAAAAAUGGCUUUUGGGUGAAGAUGUGGAUGCACAUGCUUUGGGAAGUGCCCUUGGUCGUGCACAAGAUGCGUUGUCCGAGCUGAGAAGUUGUGGCCUGGAGAUGAGCUUAGAGACCAUAGAUGGAAGCCAAGUUUCGGCUGCACAAUCGGUUCUUUCAGAGCUUGAGGAGGCGAGGCAGAAAGAGCAAGGCUGGGAGCAGAAUAGACAAGCACUGCAAAGUGCAGUUGCAGCUCAGGAUGCUGCUGCUUGUGAAAGUGCUUUGAAGGAGGCCAGUAAUGCGGAUUGCCCGCUAUCAGCUGCCAUGGCGCUUGCUGAGGAGAUGAGCCUCCCAAGACAGAUUGACAUAUCUGAGGUCGCGAAAGGCAUGCAACUAGCACCUCUUUCAGAGCAGAGUGGCGAAGUCGACUAUGUUGCAGCAGCUGCAGCAGCCAGUUCUUUCGUAAGCAGCUCCGAAUUGUCGGACCAGGCCUCCUCCUUGGCUAAAGAGAUUGCCACUCAGUACGUGCUGGAUAAGCAAGAACUCGCACAUGCUUCGCAGUUGCUGUUGCCAGAAUGGGCGAAUCAAUGCUCUCAGAAAACCACUCAGCUCUCCCGUGCUUUUGCUGGCCAGAAAUCGAAGCAGAAGCUGCAGCUCAUUCAGGACUUCCAGCAAACUGCUGCCGAUCGCCGCAAGCAGGCGAUCAGAGAAGCCAUGGGUGAGGUGCAAGACGAAGUUGAGAAGGACAUCUAUAGUUUGCAGUCGGCGCAGAUGCAAGCUCUCUGGGCAGAACUAGCCCAAGUUCGCGGCAGCUUUGACGACCAGUUGCGCAGCUUGGGGCAGGCCCCUGAGCGACUGCAGCAGCUAUGGAGCUCUGACAGAAGUCCAGACGCCCAGGCUAAGAGUGCCAGUCUCUCAACACUGAACCUUCUAGCUCUGAGAGAAGCAAGCAGGGAGGAGCAUGCAGAGAGCACUGACGCAUUCGCCAGCAGCGUAACAGCUCGUGUGAUAACGGAGCUGACGGCGCUUGGAAAGGGUAGCGUCAAAGAGAUUCCAACACAGCAGGAGCUGCAGCGGUCCUUCCACGACGAGUUGCCAAAGCUUGUCGCUGCAGUCUUUGAACCCCGAACUGGGCUUGCCAGUAGCUUUGUUGGCCGAAUAUUCGGUAUGAUGUAUGUGCUGAGAAGUGAGCAAGAGGAGGCAUCAACACACGCUGCUCUGGAGUCCAGACUCGGACAACGCAUUCCGACAGUCGCGCCUGAGGAUGGCGUACACAGGCAGAACCAAAAGAACAAUCUCCGCACGCUGGCCUUGGCAAUGCACUUAGUGGACACCGGUCGCUUGGCAGAAGCGGUUGACACUUUGGACGGCUCUUUGAGGGGCCCUUGUCGCUCUCUGGCCCAUGGAUGGAUGUCGCUUGCACGCAUGAGCUUGCUACUGCAGCAGGCAUCUGAAGCUUUGCUUGCUCGAUCCCUGUGCCUUAAUGCCGGCCUGUCGGACUAG